GCCAACGACCAGACAUGAGACAUUUCUGGAGGGAAUAAAUCUCGGGCAUGCGAUAUGACACAACUAAUACGCAUCCAACAUAGGGACGAAGAGCGAGAAGAACGGUUCGGUUGAGGGCAGAGGACUUGUAGUUAUAGAGAGCGAAACAAAAGAGGAGAGAGAAACGAAGAAGAGGCGAAAAUCCAUGGAAGAGGAGAAAUGGGUGCCCUUACAAUGCCACUCCGUCUUCUGCAACUCCUCUCUCUGCACCCCUCAUUCUAAGAGUAGGUCGAGAAAUCUCUUGGCCUAUGAUGGAACCUCUCACCUCUAUGUGUGGGACUUUUCAAAGAGAUGUGUACACUGCCUCACUCUUCGCUUUGAGAAUCAGGAGCCAGCCGGCAUUCUAGCUGCUUCGACAUUCAAGACGUUGCAACCUGAUGUUGAAAUGGGUCAUGGGCUCCACUCCAUGGAAAUCAAUAGAACUGGGGAAUCAUUACUCAUUUUUGGUGAUGGUGGUUUGUUUGUUUUGGAUCUAUUUGAUCGAACUUCUACAAAAGAUCAUGUUUACAUUUGCAGGUCUGCUUUGAUUGGCUCUCAAAUCUAUUUCGGCGACACCAAUUUCUUGCGAGUUUUGCAGGUUUCCUGGCAUCCUUAUAGUGAAUCUCAUAUAGGUGUGCUUUCGUCAGACACUGUUUUUAGAUUAUUUGAUUUGUCCUCUGACCUAGAGAGACCAGAGCAGGAAUAUUACUUGCAGCCAUUGGAACCUGCAAGAUGCCAUAGUGCAACGUCAUUAUGCCCUGUAGCUUUUUCUUUUGGUGGCGAACACUUGUGGGACAGAUUUACUGUCUUUCUUGUGUUCGCUGACGGUUCAACAUAUGCCAUUUGCCCAAUUGCCCCUUUUGGCAGUGUUUAUAAUCGGGCUUCCAUUGAAGAGAUCUAUAAAGACGCCCAUACAUUGGGAUUAAAAUCAGCCAACUCUAGAGCUGUUAAUAAUUCGAGUUUGGCCAUCACUUGGUUAGAAGCAACAUUUCCAGAUUUGAAUGAUCAAAAUGCUGGAAAAGGCACUUUGUCGACAUUAAAGGCCCAUCCAUAUGCUUCAUUUGAUGUCUCUCUUUCAUUGCAGGGCCCUUUUCAUAAAAUUUGCAAUGAGCAUAAUGAUGAUAGUGCCAAUGGCCGGGUGCCCGAGUGCGAAGGUCGAGCUGUGAGCUUUCUGUGCAGGUCAAUAAGCAAAGACACAGUCAAUGCCAUUUCCUGGAGCAGUGGGCAGAUACAAAUCGAUGCCCUGGCAGAUGAAGUGCAACCAGUUUGGAACCUUGGAAGUUCACCUCGUCUAUGUGUAGACAAUGGAGGAAUCAUUGAAGCAGUAGCAAUGAUCUGUGAUUCAAGCCCGGAGAAACCCAACAAUGCCAAGCUUUAUCCCAGUCAACGAACCCUGAACACUAGCAUGGCAGACUCAGUCUGGAUUGGAGACCCACCUCCCCUGCUUAGAUUGGCUGUCGUCGACUUGGCAUUGCCUUCCAAUAUUUUGAAUGAUUCUCCACUCACACUGGUUGCUGAUCCUCUCAUUCCUGAAAGAUUCUAUUGUUUGCAUAGGGGUGGGGUUGACUCAAUUAUGUUGCAUUUUCUUCCAUUCUCUGAUCAGACUAUUGAAAAGAAUAGAAUUGGAGAAGCACCUUCCGUUCAUCCUGUUUUGACCACAUAUCAGAGUGAGACCCUUCAACCAUUCCCAUUGUCUGGUUUUGUGGCAAUUGCUGAUUCCUUUGGCAAUACGUGGACAGUUGCACUUACAUCAUCCUUCGAAUGUUUGGUGAUGGAGAUGACAGGAUUGAGUGCAUAUUUUCAGGUUGAGAGAGAAAAGGGCUCUCCCAAUCUCACUGUUGAGAAUGAUGAAGUGCUGCCUGAGCUAGUUAGCAGAGAGUUGCUCAUGGGUCCAAAAGAUGUCCCUAUCCCUCAGCUCCCUCCGAGUUUGCGAUCAUUGACCCCGGAUUCUAUUGAAGGGCGAUCCACUCUUCAUGAAUACUUCAAGAUUCUCCAUGAAAAGUAUGUGGAAUAUGCCCAUAAGGUAUAUGUAGAAUUGAAUCACCAUGCGGCUCGCUUGAAGAAGAUCACAGAUGACCAGGUUGUGCGUUUACAUGAAGUCCAACAGAAUCUUCUCCAUGCUGAGGAGGACGAACCAAACAUAAGGGAUCGGAUUGGUCGUGCUUUUGAGUUUAACCUGCAGUUAGUGGAGCGCCUUCAGGUGCUCAGAAGCUUGCCAGGAAUUCAACAAAAACCUCUUACAAAAGCUGAACGGGAGUUCAAAUCCGAACUUGAAACGUUUGCUAGUCAUGAGAUUGAUGCUUUACACUCUGCUAUUGAAGCUUUGAGUGUGAGGUUGAGAAGACACGUUCCGCUGUCUCCGGGCAGUGUGACGAGCUCUCCUCGACAGACACUACCAGGAAGGAGGAAAAUUCCUGUACCUGACAUUCAAAUCUCGCAGUUGAAGUCCUCUGUUGCAAAGCUUUCACUUAUUAAUAGUGAGAAUACAAAGAAAGUCAAGCUUGUUGAGACUACAUUGAGGAAGCAAGAGACUAGAACGGAUCUAAAAAGGUGAUACGCUGAUCACCUGAGCUGCUAUGUCUUUGUCCAGGCUUCACUUCAGGAGCCAAGGACAUCAAGGAAGUGCUGUGAUGCCAUCCAGGGGAGGGGAGGGGAGGGGGAUUGCGGGGGGAAGAGAGGCUUUGGUUAGGGAAGAUGAGGAAAUCAGUUUUAGUCUGUUCAAUCUCUUUGAUGUUUCUUUCUGUGCAUCUUAUCCACAAGUUUUCUGUAUGUCAUCUGUAGAUUGCUUAGCUUUCUUAGAUACAUGAUCAUCAAUGUCACAUGGUUUCCUAUAUUGCAGGAAGUUUUCCUCAUGACAUCAGUUUUUGGCCUACUUCUAAGUCUUGAAACUUGGCUGACCAGUUCGCCAUGUUAUGGUCGCCUUGUACUGUUUGUGAAGUACUUCCAUGUAUCUGGGUUUCACCUUCCACUUGAAAAUUGUAAUGAUGGGGAUCCUUGUGAAUGCAAGGAGAAACCAAUCAUGGAAUGCGCAUGUACUGAUGGAAACAUGCAUAGAUCUGUUCAUUCGGAGCCUUAACUUCAG